AUGGCACAUUCCAAGUUAGACUUUAGUGCUUCAUCUACACGUGAUUCUAAUGAAGUUCAGGAAAUGUUUUGUGAACAUUGUGAUAAACAAGACAAGCAAUGUGUUCCUGCUGAAGGAUUUUGUGAGGAAUGUUUCGAGUACAUGUGUGGAACUUGUCUAAAAUACCAUAAAUUAUACAUGAAAUCCCAUAACAUCAAAGAUAAGGAUAACAUGCCACAGGAUUUCUACCUACAGAAAUGUUCCAUUCAUCAAGAUGAAUUGAUCAAGUUCUAUUGUCAAGCUUGUAAGAAAUUUGCCUGUACUAAAUGCAAGACACAAAACCAUGGGAGCUGUAGUAUGGUCAAUCAUUUGCCAGUUCUUGUUCAAGGAAAUGAGAAUAACCAACAAAUGAAAGAACUCACUGAAAAUCUUGAUAAGUUAAUGAAAGAUUUGGAAAAUACAGAAAAACAUGUCAACAUAAACAUGAAGAAUGUCACAUCACAAGAAACAAUGGUAUUAGAUACAGUCAUGAAAAAGAAAAAAGAAAUGCUGUCAGCAUUUAAAAAACAUCAAAAAGAAAUAAUUCAAGACGUUGAAAAGAAAUUUGAAGAAACCUUAAAAAGACUUGAACAAGAGAAAAAAGGAAAAAUUGAAAAAUUACGAGAAAAUCAAAGGAAAUUAGAGAAGGUAUUAAAUGAUGAGGAAUAUGAAAUUAAGAAGAAAAUUGAAAUGAUAAUAAAGAUUGACAAGACAAUUUUGCAGAAAAUCUCUGAAGAAACUUCAAAAAUGAAAACAAAACUAAAAGUCAUAUCUACAAAGCUGGUGCAUCACCAAAAUACAGAUCAAAGAUUUCAACUACUAGUUGCUAUGAAGAAUGGGCAAGGAAUCAUUGAACAAUUGAAAUCAGAUGCAAAUGAACUGCGUAAAAACAAUUCAAUUCAUUAUUACAAAGUAGAAUGCAAAGGUUUUGAACAAAAUAGAGCUAUCAUUCAAGACCGUGGCAAAUUUUUCUCUUUUCAAGAAAUACACGAGUCUGAAGCACAAAAAACUGCUAGAUAUAACAAAGAAAUUGAAUUCAGAUGCCAGCUGUUCUCACCUCUUACCAGUCCUGCACUGCAAUUUGCCAAUCUCGCAACUGGCGGAAAAAUAUUUAAAAGUGGCGAAAAAAUAAAUAAAUAAGAAAGCAUAUUUUUCUGAUAUAUUUUUAAAAACAAAUUACCCUUAUAGAUCUCUGAUUGAUAAAUCCUUAUAAAGGUUGUAAACAGUGUGACUGCUUGCGGCUUUUACAUGUCAAUAUGACCUUACUGUCGUCAAUUCGGCUGGGAGUUUUACUCGCUGAAAUUGCACAUCAUAAUUGAAAGUUUUGUAUUAGGCUCCUGGAUUAAUUCAACAUUGGAAAACAAUGUUAAAAUAUCUCAAAAGUAUUUACUUCCACACAAUAAAAUGUUGAACAACCAAAAUUGUGAAUAUUCCUGCAGAUAAAAAUAUUCAAUUGUCACAAACUCGAGAUGAUGAUCUUUUUUAAUAAUUACUAAAAUACGAUAAGAAGCUUAGUUCUGUUUAAAAAUCUUUUAUUUAUAAUU